CGUCGUCACCGCGCAGACGGUGGAUGUGUGCGCACAGGGAACGCGGAGUGGGGGGUAUCGGCGAGGUGAAAGGUCGCGGUCAGACGCAGGGAAGCUAAUGAUUCCUAUAUGUCCGAUAGUCUCCUUCGCUUACGUGCCCGGCCGGUUGGGCGAAGACGCCAAGAUGGCGGCGAGUAACUACUACGGAUUCGCGCAUGGCGGCGCUCAGUACAGUGCACAGCCUGCUGCUGGCAUUGCAUAUUCACAUCCAUCCACGCCAGCCAGUUACACUGUACAGCAAGCUCCACCGACAGCCCAUGCAGUCACUGCAGCAUAUGCUCCUGUGCCUGCUACACAAGCAGUGAGACCAGUGACCUCAGCAGCUUAUGGAAGCUAUCCAGCUGUGCAUUCUGUGACAGAUUACAACUAUGGGCAAAGACCACCAGAAACUACACCUCAACCGACACCGGCGACAACACAAAAUUAUCAGCAGUACUACGCACAAGGAGGAAAUUCGGACAAGACAGAGUGGGGUUGGAUGACAGACUUGAUCUAUGGUUCAUCUAAGGACAGUUACAGUUACACACGUUCCACAGCAGCAACGCCGAGUUACGAUAAACAGUACUAUCAACAACCUGUCUCAGCUGCUGCUCAACCUCAGCACACAGCCACAGAUUCUUACUACCAGACAAUAGCUCCUAAAACCAGUUUCAGCCAGUCUGGAACACCAUAUACGCAGUCUCAACAGUCAAGACAAGUUACUGCAAUAAAACCUGUAUCCACUCCAAUCCCGGUUACAACCAGCUUUACAGUGUAUCCGGUGGUAACAACAGUACAACCAACUGCACAACCUACUGCAGCAGUAGCCACAGCUGCUGUAUCGUAUACACAGACACCCACGUACAAUACAACACCAGUCAGUUAUUCAGGGUCAAAUUACUCUGGAUAUGAAGCUGCUGUGUACUCUGCUGCUACUUCAUACUAUCAACAACCACAGAAGCCCUCAGCCACUACUUGGACCAGCACUGGGACUGGAACAGGAACCAGUACCAAUACAGGAAGCACUUUCAUCAAAAAAACAACUUUCCAGAACAAACAGCAAAAACCGAAGCCACCGCCUAAACAACCUCAACUACACUAUUGUGAUGUCUGUAAAAUUAGCUGUGCUGGCCCGCAGACUUAUAGGGAACAUUUGGAAGGCCAAAAGCACAAGAAGAAAGAAGCAGCUUUAAAAGGUGGAAGUCAGACUACCAGUGGACCACGUGGUGCCCAGGGCCAACUACGGUGUGAGCUGUGUGAUGUAUCAUGCACAGGUGCAGAUGCCUAUGCUGCACAUAUCCGAGGUGCCAAACACCAAAAGGUUGUUAAAUUGCAUACCAAAUUGGGUAAGCCAAUUCCUUCAACAGAGCCAGUUGUGGUAAAUUCAACAUCAGCUACUGUGAAUAAGACAGUGAGCAGUGUCACGACCACAGCCACAGUACCAGCACCAAUCCAGAUGCCUCCCAAGUCAGCUGCUGCCUUCACUAACAAUACAAGCAAGCCACCUGCAUUAAUAGUGAAGAAACCUGUCACACCUAAAAUAACGUUCAUUGGAGGAAACAAAUUACAGACGAUGGGAAACAAAAUGGAAGAAGUUAAAGUCCCAAAUGCUAAGCCAGAGCCCCAGAUGCAGGAAUUCAAGCCCGAGCAGACCGCAGCACCAGUGCCAGCUUCCACUAUCCCAGCGCAGCUUCAGAACGAUGUCCAGCCUGUAGGCCACGAUUAUGUAGAAGAGGUCCGGAACGAUGAAGGAAAAGUGAUUCGAUUUCACUGUAAGCUUUGUGAAUGUAGUUUCAAUGAUCCUAAUGCAAAGGAUAUGCAUUUAAAAGGUCGUAGGCAUAGGCUGCAAUACAAGAAAAAAGUGAAUCCAGACCUUCAGGUUGAAAUAAAACCAAGUAUCCGAGCCAGGAAAAUCCAUGAGGAGAAGAUGAGAAAACAAAUGCAGAAGGAGGAAUACUGGAGAAGGAGAGAGGAGGAGGAGCGUUGGCGAAUGGAAAUGAGGCGGUAUGAAGAAGAGAUGUACUGGAGGAGAGUGGAGGAAGAACACAUUUAUUGGGAGGAGCAACGUCGCAGAUUAACACCUGACUGGCACCCACCACCGCUCAUGGGAAGAUUGGGCAUGCCGCAAGCACCUACACCCUUGCCUCCCCGCCGCCCUGAUUCCUCAGAUGACCGUUACAUCAUGACAAAACAUGCUAGCAUUUAUCCCACCGAGGAAGAAUUACAGGCCGUGCAGAGGAUUGUCUCUCAAACAGAGCGGGCUCUCAAACUUGUGUCAGAUGUUAUUUCUGACCAAGAAGGUCUUAAAGACGGAGAAAAUAAAGAGAAGGGGAAAGGUGACCUUGGAGCACGUGUGCUGAAAGGGGUCAUGCGUGUUGGUGUGCUGGCAAAAGGAUUACUUCUCCGUGGUGACAGGAAUGUUAACCUUAUUCUUCUCUCUGCCCACAAACCCACAAAAACCCUUCUGGAAAAAAUUUCAGCAAACCUGCCUAAACAACUCCUGACUGUAACGGAAGAGUCUUAUGAAUUGAAAACUUGCUCCAGCGAGUCUUGUAUCUUCCUUUCUACAUGUAAAGAGCCAAAGAUGCAGGUCAAAAUUUCACUGACAUCCCCUGUCAUGCGAGAAGACCUUGUGAAGGAUAAAGAUGCAACUUCUGCCCCAGUGCAAGAUCCAUCAGAUGUACUGAACAAGCAAAAAUGCCUUGAGGGUCUGGCUGCACUUCGUCAUGCCAAGUGGUUCCAGGCUCGAGCUAAUGGCUUACAGUCUUGCGUAAUUAUCAUACGAAUCCUGCGUGAUCUGUGCCAGCGAGUACCAACGUGGGGUGCCUUACCAGAUUGGGCUAUGGAAUUGCUUGUGGAGAAAGCCAUCAGCAGUUCUUCAGGCCCUCUGAGCCCUGGUGAUGCAAUGCGAAGGGUAUUUGAAGCUGUUGCCUCUGGAGUUCUCCUUCCGGAUGGCCCUGGACUUUUGGAUCCUUGUGAAAAAGACCACUCAGAUGCCCUGUCCUGCAUGAGCCAUCAGCAACGAGAAGAUAUUACAGCUAGUGCACAGCACGCUUUGAGGUUGUUAGCAUUUCGGCAGAUUCACAAAGUUCUUGGGAUGGAUCCACUACCCCAACCAAAGCCUCGGUUUAAUAUGAGAAACCGCAAACGGAGACGGGACACCAGCGAGACAGCAGAAGGGGAAGGGGAAGAAAAGAAAGACAAAAAGGACAGUGAUGCAGGAGACGUCUAGACUUGUUCUUAGUGAUGCUAAAUUUUGAAGAUUUCAAUUUUUUUAUAUAAGUUGCUGUUUAGUCUGAGACAUUUGCAAUUUGUGUUUUACUUGAAUAACAAUGUACUGUAGAUUUGUUUUAAACUGUGCUUAAUGAGUAUUAAAUUGCAUCAUUCCAUACAGAUCAUGUUGCCCAUGGCAACAGCUCCUCUUCUUCCUCCCACUGUCCUAUGCCCCUUUCCCCAGGAAAUAAAACCUUUACUAAGUGAAUUGACCCAGUCUGGAAACCCAUCUUUCUUGAGAUUUCAAAUCCAAAGUUGAUUCUACUUCCCUGGCUGGGGUGAGACUGCUUUCUGUCAUAAACUGAGUAUAAUUGGUAAGAGAUUUUAAUUGUGUUCCACUGAAACACGAAUCAUUUUACCAGGCAGCCAACAAUUAAGUAUUGGAUGUUAGAUGUCCCCUUUUUGCAUUGGGAACUAAUUUUACAGUUCUCUGAAACAUAACUGAAUGCAGGUAUCCCAAACAAAGUACCUAUAUAAGUUUUCGCUAUAUACUAUGUGAGCAUGUUGCAACCAUAGGGACCUUUAUAAACUAAAUAAAGCUUGUGCAGACAUCAGAAAUGCAGCAUUUGGGUGUGAUUGGUGUAUGUCAAAUUUGUAACAAAUAGUCUAUUUAGAAAGUUGGACAGCUAUUCACUGUGAUCAUGGAGUCUGGAAUGCAUGCCACACGUGCACUAUAAUGCUGUUUACUGGCUCACGUGCGGUUUUGAUGAGAGCAGAGAGGCAGGUUCGCAACUUUAGAAAUUGUUUUAGGAAAGAUUGAUUUGACUGGCUGACCACCUAAUGGCUCUUCUGCAUCAUUUGAAGUUGCCUGUUUUCAAUAAGUUCCACUUUUUAAUGGUGACAAAAAUUGGCUCAUCCCCAACUGCAUCCUUUCAUUUUUCUGGAAUAGGUCAAGAGGAAGUGUGAUUUGAAUCAAUUCUGAAUUGUUUCCAUGUAGCCCAGCUGAGCAAAGAAAAUUUCUCAACUACUGAAAACUUCUGCAUGAAUUUCUUCAGUAGUGAUCAUCACCCAUGUGUUUCGUGAGAUACCUUUUGAAGUUCUGGAUUCUUUGUUAUUUCCAAAGCCCUUAUUAUCCAGUUUUCCAAAACCCAUUGUCCUGUUGCAAACUAGAAUGAAAAUGGAUUGAUCUAGAUUAAUGCCCAUAGAAAAGAUUCAGUUCACUACUGACCAGUUCACCAGAUGUUUGCUGGUUCAUUUUUUAAAUGUAUCAAUCAUCUAUCUGUAAAAUAUGCUGAUAAUCUGAUUUGAAGGCAAACUUCUGAGAAUUUAAUCUCCAGUUUUAAAAGUAGCUUCUGUCAAUUGGGCUUCCUAAAUUAGAUGGAAUCAAUAAAAUGGAAAUGUACAUAGGCCCACAUAGGGGAGUUGAGGUGGGAGGGUCACCUUAGCUAAAGUCCUUUUGUUUUUUUUAAAGGAGUACCUUAGUUCAUUGAGUUAUUGUAAAACUCAGUUUCUCUUGUGGCAUCUCUCAGUUUUCUUACUCUAUUGUUCCAACAACUGGUUGGGUGCUGAAUUGUGUGUUGUGAAAUGUGGGUGAUAUCACGACUCAAGACAGCUUGUACCCCAAAAUUGCCCGACACUUAUUAGUAUAAAAUCCCUUCUAAUGUGCAUAAAAUGUACAGUUAAACUGGUUACACUAUUCACAUUUGUAUAGGUAGGAAAUGCCUCUCUCACUGUAAGCAUACCUGAUAACGGUUUCACCUACUGAAGUGUUAUUUCUAUUGAAAUGUGGCUUUGUCCUCAGCUCUGUGGUAUUUAAAAACGUGUAUUCAACUUUUGUCAGCUGUGUAUUACAAUACUGAACCAGCAUAAAAGUGCUAAUGGAAAAGAAAGCAGUGUAGAGGAUCUCUUUGUAAUUGGAUCCUUUUUAUGCUUUGAGAUAGCUGUUGAUACACUGCAACUCUGAAGAUAAAUGGGAAAUAAAAUCCUUCCUGAAUGAC